UAAGAAUUGUUUUUCAUAAUUGCCGACGCUUUUUAUGGCAAACAGUUCGAAACCGAAAGAAAGAUAUUGGCCUGGAAAGGUGCCGGAAUAUGCAUUGAAACACUGGGAAGACGAGGAAGAUGACUUUUUCAACUUGAUAGCGCCGCAAAAGCUUCAGCAGAAAUCUGUGACCGCUAGUGGAAAAGUAGCCGCACCAAAUUUCUUGGAAGGUAGUGGGAACUCAUCUCCUAGUCAUCACUCUCGUGUCGACAAUGUGAAACAGCGGAAUGAAUCAAACACGGAGUCAGCACUAGAGCGAAGAGCAAGAAUUAAAGCUCAAGUUUUGCGCAAGAGACAGACAGAACCGGACCUGCUGGAUAAGCAAAAUGUUCUUGGACUUGAUAACCGUGAAAACUAUCAAGGGUUGCCGGAAAGAAAAGUUAUACAACAGAGAAAGUUUCAGCAGGAAGCCUCUGAUUCGUCACAGGGCUCGUCGUCGAGCCACGAGUACCUAAGUGAAGACGACAGUGGGGAUAGUGAGGCGUCAAAGGAGGAAGAGGCGGAUGAGGAGACUGUAGAGGACUUUCCGCGUUUAUGGCGUCCAGUAUUUGUAAAUAAGAAUCAGCGAGAAACUGUCGAAGAACGAGAGAAGAUUGAACAGGAUGCUGAACGAGAAAAGCAAGCUCGUGACUCAAGGAAAGAGUUCAGGAGGCAACAAGCGCAUUCAGUCGUAACUCAAACUGCAGCUGAAACAAAGAGCAGUUCUGUGAAAGACGACGUUGACUUAGACGAUUUAGGACUGGAGUUACCUGACGACAAAGAUCGAGAAGCCGAAUAUGAGUUAGAGUUGAUGAAGUGGAAGAUACGUGAGCUUCGAAGACUUCAAAGGGAGCACGAUCGCGAUGAAGAGCGGAAGAGAGAGCUGAGGGAAAUUGAACGAAGACGGAAUAUGUCGGAAGAAGAAAGGAAAAAAGAGGAUCAGGAGAGGUUACGCAGAGAUGAAAAGUUACGAGAAGAGAAACCCAAGAUGGCGUUCCUUCAGAAAUACUAUCAUAAAGGUGUCUUCUUCAUGGAACAAGACGAUAGUGGUCGCUACAAGGAAGAUAUUUAUAAUCGUAAUUUUAUGGAAGGCACGGAAGAGGAUCUUGUUGAUCGCACUUAUCUCCCCAAGGUUAUGCAAACUCGCCGAGGACAGUUUGGUUUCAAGGGUCGAACCAAAUAUACUCAUUUAACAAAUGAGGAUACUACUUUUGGUACAACGUACGGAAACAAGAAACCCGAACUGUCUCGGGAUGAACUUGAGCUUAUUCGCAAGAGGAAAGCUUCUGAGCUUAAAGGCUCCGAUUCAGUCUUUGAACGACCACGUGGCCCGAAGAAGGUAUAAACGUAUCGUAUGAAAACUUUUAGAUGUUUUUGGGUUAU